CGCGACCGUGCUUCUUCGGGUCGAAAUUCGCAGGAUGCUGAUGAAACCAACCGCGGGCCGGCCGCAGCGGGCAGCGACGUCGCGGUCGGCCGUCGUCCUCGGCCAUCAGUAUGCGCUCGAGGCCGAGGAGUAUGCUUCCUCUGGACAUCUGGACCGCGCCGAGCAGCUCGAGCAGUUGGCGAGCCAAUGCUACCUUCGCGCCCUGGAUGACAUUGCCGCCAAUGACGUCAAGACGCGCGCUGCGCUCAAGCUUAUUGCGGAGAACCACGAGCAGCGCGCUGUGCGGUGGCAGAUGGCGCUGAUGCCAGACGCGACGCCCCGCCCGUCGUUUCCACCGCCGUCCACGACGACGACGACGACAGCAGCGCCGUUCGUCCCGGCGCAGACCUCGGCCAAGAGCGAGACACCAUCCUCCAGCGCGCCGCACAGCGCCACGUCCAUGCGCGAGGCAGCAUCCGAGAUGGAGGACCUCUUUGAGCGCCUGAAAGCGCUUGGCCUUCCGGGGUAUGCUACGAACGCCGGGGCGCGGCCUGCGUCCAAGCAGUACCUGAGCUCGGACCUCGGCGACUCGUUCUGCCUCUUGCCGACGGGCAAUGCGCGCAUGCCCCUCGUGUCCCGUGUCGACGGCGAGACGACGCUCAAGGCCGCGAUCGGGAACCGCAACAAGAACCACCGCGAACGGUACUUGAGCCAGCUCUCAACCGCACCAUCGUCGCGCCUCUCGAUCCCGAGCCCCAUCAAAGAAGACGAGAUCAUGCCGUCGCCGGAGAAGCCGCCCCAUCAUGACGACGACGGGCUCUCGUCAUCGCCGUCGACGGAUGCCAUGGAGCAUCUGCGGGCCGCACUGGCGACACACAAGCACGAAAUCGCACGCCUCACCCACACCGUCAAGACACUCAGCACGGAGAACGCCAAGCUGCGUCAGGACGUCCAGAGCACUGAAGGAAUGGCCGACGAGAAUAAGCGAUUGACGCAAACCAUGGAGACGUUCAAACUCGAGUACAACCAAAAGUUUGUCGUGCUCAAGCGCGCACUGGAAGAGUGGCGUCGUCAGCAGCAGCGACAAGACGCCAAGCCGUCGCACAUCGACGUUGAAGAUUCACCGCUCGUCGCCGAACUCCGUGCCGAGCUGGAUGCGGCGCAGCGCACUGCCCAAGAAAAGGACGUGCUGCUCCAAAAGUACGAAGCAUGGUUCAACUCGUUAAAGGCCUCGGCCAAAGCCAAGCAGCAGACCCGCGGCGUGGAUACCCAAGGCAACCGGACGUCGGCCUUUGCGCAGCCAUCGUUGCCACCCCGACCGCCGUCGACGCAGCAACAGGAGCUCUAAGCGCAUGUACUGCAUUGAUGUUUGUGCUUUGAAGCCUCUUUGUCGACAACGACACCCGCUUGUACUUGGGCAUCUGCGCGUUGCCACCUGAGCCGUAUGAAAGAGCCAAUGUCAC